UAAAUGUAUGGAGUGUGAAAAGAGCUUCAGUCAGAAUGCAGACCUUAAAAAACAUCAACGGAUCCACACAGGGGAGAAACCAUUUAAAUGCAUGGAGUGUGGAAAGAGCUUUAGUGAUAGUGGAAGCCUUAGAAGACAUCAACGGACUCACACAGGGGAGAAACCAUAUAAAUGUAUCGAGUGUCGAAAGAGCUUUAGUGAUAAUGGAAACUUUAGAAGACAUCAGCGGACUCACACAGGGGAGAAACCAUUUCAAUGUAUGGAGUGUGAGAAGAGUUUUAGUAAUAGUGGAUGCCUUAGGAAACAUCAACGGACUCACACAAGGGAGAAACCAUUUAAAUGCAUGGAGUGUGAAAAGAGCUUUAGUUAUAGUGGAAGCCUUAGACAACAUCAAUGGACUCACACAGGUGAGAAACUGUUUCAGUGUACGGAGUGUGAAAAGAGUUUUAGUGGUAGUGGAAGCCUUAGAACACAUCAACAGACUCACACAGGGGUGAAACCAUAUAAAUGUAUGGAGUGUGAAAAGAGCUUCAGUCAGAAUGCAGACCUUAAAAAACAUCAACGGAUUCACACAGGGGAGAAACCAUUUAAAUGCAUGGAGUGUGGAAAGAGCUUUAGUGAUAGUGGAAGCCUUAGAAGACAUCAACGGACUCACACAGGGGAGAAACCAUAUAAAUGUAUCGAGUGUGGAAAGAGCUUUAGUGAUAAUGGAAACUUUAGAAAACAUCAGCAGACUCACACAGGGGAGAAACCAUUUCAAUGUAUGGAGUGUGAGAAGAGUUUUAGUAAUAGUGGAUACCUUAGGAAACAUCAACGGACUCACACAAGGGAGAAACCAUUUAAAUGCAUGGAGUGUGAAAAGAGCUUUAGUUAUAGUGGAAGCCUUAGACAACAUCAACGGACUCACACAGGUGAGAAACCGUUUCAGUGUACGGAGUGUGAAAAGAGUUUUAGUGGUAGUGGAAGCCUUAGAAGACGUCAACAGACUCACACAGGGGUGAUACCAUAUAAAUGUAUGGAGUGUGAAAAGAGCUUUAGUUAUAGUGGAAGCCUUAGACAACAUCAACGGAUUCACACAGGGGAGAAACCGUUUAAAUGCAUGGAGUGUGGAAAGAGCUUUAAUGAUAGUGGAAGCCUUAGGAAACAUCAACGGACUCACACAGGGGAGAAACCAUAUAAAUGUAUCGAGUGUGGAAAGAGCUUUAGUGAUAAUGGAAACUUUAGAAAACAUCAGCGGACUCACACAGGGGAGAAACCAUUUCAAUGUAUGGAGUGUGAGAAGAGUUUUAGUCGGAGUGGACAGUUCAAUAUCCAUCAACGGACUCACACAGGGGAGAAACCAUUUAAAUGUAUGGACUGUGGAAGGAGCUUCAGUCAGAGUGGAACCCUUGAUUUUUGUCAACAAACUCACACAAAAGACAAACCAUAUAAAUAUCAGGAAAGUAGAUAGAGGUUCACUCUUAGUGGAAGUUCAAAAUCAACAGACUUAUGGACAGGAAGAACUUUAAGAGUUGAAAUCCUUCAAGCCAUCAACAAACUCAGAGAGGAGAAGCAGUUUAAAUGAAAAGACUGCAAAAAGUCCUUUAUUUAUAAUGGAGUCUUUAAGGAACAUCCAGGGACUCUCACAUGGGAGAACCCAUUUAGAUGUAUGGAGUGUGGGACGUCUUCCUCUCAGAGUCCACUCUGAGCAAUGAACUCAGUAGGAAAUCAUUCCUAAAAGCAUGAGGUAUAUGUGAAGUUCUGGUGUUUGCAUGUAAAACUUUAUAAUAAUGAAAUAAGGCAACACCUCACAAUUGUGAGUAUAAUUUUAGAUGAAAGUACCUUUGGUUUUUGCACCAAACUCCGUCCCCCCCCCCCACCGCAUGAUCUCCAAGCACUGCUUCUUCACCAGAACUACUUUGCUGCCUCCUAC